AUGCCAUUCCUGGGCCAAGACUGGAGAUCCCCUGGCUGGAGAUGGGUUAAAACAGAAGAUGGCUGGAAACGCUGUGAACCCUUCAGUCCUGCACUGAAGGAUGGGAAUAAUCAGCUGAGUGAUAUCAGCCACACUGUCAUCAUAACUGGGAGUGAUGAGAACGAAGAAGUAUACAGUACUGAAGACUGUGAGUUUGCAGCCAAGAAAAGGAAAAAGGAUCACUGUAGGGAUAGCACGGACUCACAGUGUUUUUAUCGUGAGAAGUGGAUUUAUGUUCAUAAAGAAAGCACCAGGGAAAGACAUGGCUACUGCACCUUGGGAGAAGCUUUUAACCGCCUGGACUUCUCCAGUGCCAUUCAGGACAUCAGGAGGUUCAACUACGUGGUCAAGCUUUUGCAGUUAAUUGCCAAGUCCCAGCUGACCUCCCUGAGCGGAGCAGCACAGAAGAACUACUUCAACAUCUUGGACAAGAUUGUGCGGAAGGUCAUGGAAGACCAAUAUAACCCACGACUAAUCAAAGAUCUCCUGCAGGAUCUGAGUUCCACUCUCUGUAUACUGAUCAGGGGAGUAGGAAAAUCUGUGCUGGUAGGGAACAUCAAUAUUUGGAUUUGUCGACUGGAAACGAUCCUUCUGUGGCAGCAACAGCUGAAAAACCUCCAGAUGAACAAGCAAGUCAACACUGGUCUGACACUUAGUGACCUCCCUCUGCACAUGCUGAACAACAUCCUGUACAGGUUCUCUGAUGGCUGGGACAUUGUCACUCUGGGCCAGGUGACCCCAACCCUCUACAUGCUCAGCGAGGACAGACAGUUGUGGAAAAAGCUGUGCCAGUACCAUUUUGCAGAAAAGCAGUUCUGCAGGCAUCUGAUUCCCUCCGAGAAAGGUCACAUUGACUGGAAGCUGAUGUACUUUGCACUGCAGAAAUACUACCCCAUCAAGGAGCAGUACGGGGACACCCUGCACUUCUGUCGGCACUGUAGCAUCCUCUUCUGGAAGGACUACCACCUUGCUUUGCUGCUCCAGGACACAGGACACCCCUGCACAGCCAGUGACCCGAACACCUGCCUCAUGCCAGUGUCUCCUCAGCACUUCAUUGACCUCUUCAAGUUCUGA